AUGGAAAAAUCGAAGGAGCUUUCGGGGGCUCAAAAACGUAAACAGAGAAAGAUUCUUUGGGAAAAACGAGAAAGUGAAAAUUCAACGAUUCGAAAAAUAACCAGUUUGUUUGAUCGUGUAAGUUCAUCUGCAACUGCUAGCCGACUCCGGGGAACAGACGGAUACAGGAGACAACGAUAUAGGUCUAGUUGUUUCUGAAACUGAGAUUGAGUCCCAAGAAUGUACUGAAUGUUCCAGUGGUUCCAUACGUCAGGGUUAGUGAACUUUUUUAUUCAUUAUAAUUAUAUUGCCUUUUAAAUUGACAUAGCAAAGUAAUAAGUUAAAAUUGCUUGAAUUAAGACCUGAAAUGUUUGUUAGAUUUCAUGGAAAUAUGUUUGUACUAAUUUCCAGGAAAUUUUAAAAGUGUGAAAUUAAGUGCGACAGCAGAAAGUCCAGAUGGUGAUGAUCACAUUGGCCAUACGAUGAGCAAAUCAUUAGAUGAAUCUGAAUUGAGUACUAAUAUACCAGUAGUUGGUAUUGUGAAAAUAAUGAUAUCUUGUAGAAUAGCACAUAGGGUAGGCCUAUGACUUAAUCUGAUCAUACUGUACACAUGCCAGCUAUUCCUGAGUAGAUCAUAUAAUAAUGUGUGUUUCUAUGAGGCAUUUUUGUAUGUGUCAAAUGUAAAUAAAUAGCUUCUCCUGUGUAAUAAAAUGUUACUUUCAGAUCUCAGAAAAUGCUCAGAACUGGAAGAUUUUGAUCCCUGUGUUACCUACCCAUCAGAUCGUGGACAUUUCAGAGACAGGUUAUCUGAUGAUUUGGUUGAAGUUCUGGUGAAGGUUGGCAGCUGCCAACCAAACACAAUCAUAAAUACCCAGGGUGGACGAAAGUUUAAUCUUGCAUUGUACUACUACAGGCAAGUAUACAAUGUGUGUUAAUUUGUAUUUCAAUGUGCGCAUUGUUAGUGUUAAUCAUUGAUUAAAAAUUCAUGGGAAAUUUUUAUUAUAAAUAUAUUCUGAAAGGAAUGUAUAAGUAAAAAGUUUUAUACCUUUCUGUGUAGGGAUUUGAAGUUCUUUUCAGUGAAGAGGAAUUGGUUCAGCUGCUCUGAGAAAUUGGGCACUGUAUACUGUCACAAUUGUUGGUUGUUAGCAAAGGAUACAUCAAGGAACAAAGAUACUCCAUGGAUAGAUGGGUUUUUUUCCAACACUAAUCACCUGAAGCAGCAAAUUGAAACACAUGAAGAAAGCAUGACGCAUAAAGAAGCUACGAAGCAUUAUGCCCACAUAAAAGCAGGCAAGGGAGUCAGCAGGCUUAAAAUUAAUGAAGCUGGAAUUGCAAAAGCCAAGAAUUUCUGGCGUGAGGUUUUACACAGAAUGAUAGUAAUCAUAUUGACUUUAGCCAGUCUGUCUCUGCCUUUACGGGGACACAGGGAAUUUGUCGGAAACGGAAAAUGCGAAGGAGGCAAUUUUCUUGGUUUGGUUAACAUGCAGUUGAAA